AUGUUUGGUUUCCGUGCCACAGGAGAAAUCAUGAGCCGUCGACCGGUCGACUCAUGGGCCGGCGCGGCCAUCGGCACUGUCCAUGGCGCUCGGGCUGUGAAGAACGAUGUCUACCUAGACAAUUCCCUCGAUUCCGGCGUCGACGGCAUGCGCGACUCGCCGAACAACAGCGCCGAGGACUUGCCCGACUACAUCACAGAUGCCCCGAACAACAUUACCUACCUACGUGGGAAAUUCCUCGGCAAGAUCAGCAAGAAUGCUACCAUGUCCUGA